CACGACGACACCAUCUUAUCACUCGCCUUAUCUCUCGCAGCGCCGUCCAUCGCACACGCGCGCAAUGUCACAUCCACGACAAGAUGCGAGCGACUAUAGACGGACAAAACGGUCCAAGCUCAGCCCUAAGACGACGAAGCAACCAGCGCACCACGCGCCCCAUCGCGCAUGGUUCGACCACCAGACCAUCCCGCACAUCCUCGACACGGUGAUCGCGUACGCGUCCCACGCGAGCCUGCUGCGAUUACGCGCGACGUCACACUAUGUGCGGGACCGCGCUGAUGCGCGGCUGUGGGAGCACGUCGUCGUGCGCGGCGCCAACCCCGGCGACCCGCGGCGGCCCGCCAACACGAUGGCGGAAGCCGACCCGAUCAUCGUGUUCGAGGCGUACGGCCUCGGGCGCAUCCCGCACGUCCCGCGCUCCGAGUGGUGGUGGCAGAUCGCGACCGGCGUAACGUACGCCACGACCGAGCCGCCGCCGGCCGCCGGCACGCGGGACGAGCGGCGCAGGGCGCUCGAACGCGUCGCGCGCCUGCUCGAGUCGACGCGCCGCCUCGACAUCCACUCGACAGCGUUGAGUACCUUCGGCGUGACGGCCUUCCUGAGCGUCACGCUCGACCCGCUCGACGUGCUCCGCAUCUUCUGCAACGAGGACGGCGAGCACCCCGCCUCGCCGUUCCCCUCGGCGCGCUUCCAGGUCGUCUUCCCGCCCAGCCAGCCGCGCAUCGGGCGCGAGUACAUCGACGAGGUGCCCACCAUGGCGCCGGAUUCAGAGACGGUGGUGCACCACCUCAAGAUCCCAUUGCUCGCUGCGCCGAUCUUGGCGGUUGAGCAGGACGACGCCGUACCCAAGGAGGCGAGGCCCGCAAACGAGGUGUUCGUCUUCUCGGACGCGACGCCAAAUCUGCACCCUGCAGACCUGCGGUGGACGCUUCCCUUCUGCCAGAAGUGGGUAGCGGUCAUGGCCGAGCGCGAGGUCGAGUCGCCGCGCCGCGUCGACGAGCUCGUGUCUCAGCUCGCGAGGAGGUUACGCGACGGCACGCGCUGCACGAUUGUCGACCUGGCCGCGCUCGACCCUGCGUGGCUCCAGUUCCGCGACGCCCAGCUCCCGCCCAAUGUCGAGGUCGGGAGCAAGGACUGGGUGCAGAAGACGCUCGUCCGCGCGCUCGUGUUCGAGCUGCACGAGAGCGUCGAGGAGGGCCGCACGAUGGCGCAGGCGAUAGAGGUCGUGCACGCGUUGUUGGAGUUUGUGACUUGGGACCAGUGGACCGCGCGCCUCUCGGCAGAGGAGAGGGAGCUCGUCUCGGUGCCCGACUCUGUCAAGAGCAUGCUCGAGGUCGUCCGGAACGCCAAUCACCGCGACGACGUCUACUCGCCCGCCGCCGUCCUCGGCAUGCUUGACCAGCAGGACCAGAUAGCCUAGCCUAUGUACGCCACCUGCAGCCUCGGCUCGGCUGCUGCCUGUCCCUUGUAGAGUACCCUGUGACCAUGUCCCUAUGCAUUGUAUCGAGC